AUGAACAAGCGAAUCACCGCCACACCACCAUUCCACGCCAUCUCCACGCCCCAUGCAAAACCCACGCCAUCCCUCCUCCAAACCAUGCGCGCAUAUCAAGAUCUACUUAAAACCACGUAUUCCACACGCUACACCGCAUAUAGCAGUGCGUAUGCGCCUUUCACGAGUGCGACGGCAAUGUGCGCGUCAUCGCUGCACGAGACGAAGCAAAUGGUGGCGAGUUUGCUACGGCAGCAGCAGGAAAUCGUGUUGUUCCAGUUGUUUCUGCGGGAUCUUGACAUGUUUGUUGGGGGGUUGGAGAGGUUGGACAAGGGGGAUGUGGGGAAUAGUGGUGCGGAGGAUGUUGAUGUGAAUGGGGUUAGUGGUGGUGGUGGUGGGCGUGGUCGUAUGCAGGUGAAGGGUAUUCAUGGCGUUUUGCGAUAA